AGAUCUCAAACUCCAAAGCACCAACCUGCCACUGUGAGUUCCAGUCAUUGCCAGAAGAUGAGCUGGCAUUGAAGUCAGAAUGAAGAUGAAUCUCUGAUGAGUAUUUAUGUCCUUGAACGCUGCACAGGGUUUCUCACAUCUGUAGAGUCUUUUGUCAAAGUGAGUAAUUCAAGUUUAAAUUCUGUUGAGAUAGUUGAAAAAAAAAAACUUUUUGUCUAAUCCAACAAGGACACGUAAACUUUUAGUUAUUACAGAGUUCAUGAAUCAUCCCUUUUUCAUAACUUACGCACUAUUACAGGCUGUUUUUGUGUGACCUGGAAACAGUACAGCACUUUCUUUAUACCAUAAUUGGGUUGUAUGAUGUUUUGUAGUUGUCCCACUUAUUCCACCUUCUUGAACUGCACAGCUGAGAAACUGUCAACCAACCUUCCUCUCAAGAUGCAGCUGAAUAAAGAAAGAGACUUCUGUAACCUGCAGCUGAAUACAAAUGUCUGCCCUCUGACCUGCGGACCGAGCCCUCUCAGCAUCGGUCGUACGUGCCACGACGUGUUCACUGUCAUCACGUAAAGUCUGCGAGAGCCCGAGGCGGGGAGACUGCAGGAGAUGUUUCUGUGACAUCAUGUGGGAGAAUAUUAUUUCUGGCCCACAUGAUCGAAGUAACGUUUUAUUGAAGUAGUUUUUUUACACAUUCAUAUUAAGUUAUUUUUAUUUACAGUCAGCAAUAGGAAGAACUAUUCAUGACCUCCAGGUUAAAAGCAUUCCAGUGUAUCUCAAGGACGUUAUAACUACACCUGGACAGAGUCAGUGGUGCACUAAAGACUUUUGCCCGACCGAGCCAGCUGACUUCCCGAUCAGCGUUAACAUGAAUGGGGAUAAAAUAAUUUGAUCGUGUGUCUCAUCGAGACUUUCCAAAUGUUAUUGGCUCAAAUUCUGACAGUGAAACGAGUCGUUCUGCAGAGGAUGUGAGGCUCAGAAGAAUCAAUCCACUGUUUUACAGGUCCUGCUUUCACAACGUUGGCUCAUAUGGAACAAAUCUUUUUGGGCUGCAGUGUAAUUACACUGUCUGACCACUGUGAAAACUGUCUUCAAAGCCCGGUGCUCCCCCUGUGGACCUGGUGUAUCUGCUCAAGAAAACAUGGACGCCAGCAGAAAACCUAUAUGCAAAUGUGUGAACUUCACAAGCAACCACAGCAGCUGAUUUAACAGAUGACUUGGCACACUUGGAGGCAUCAGGCUCGUACUGCAUGCUGGCAAAGACUUCUAUCACACACAAAUGAAGAUAACUGCUGUUUUGUUUGGAAGGGUAAUUGCAAAAAAGUUCAGUCUGCAUCUGGAAAUAGAAAGCUGUUCCCACGGACGAUAUGUGGUUGAUAGAAAUGUCAAAUAUACUGCAUCUGGAGAUUGUAUGAUGCCAACAGGGGAGAUCUGUUUUAUUAGAUCUCUGACCCUGAACUAAAAUCACUAUGUGCUGUGUCAUUGUGAAGCACCUCGCUGUACUUUCUGCUCUUCAUGCAUUUUGUAUCUUUCCCUUUUUCUUUUUGUUGAAAAGGAAGAAACUUCUGUGUAUUUCAGACGUUUCAUGACCGUGGUUAUUAUCAUUGAACCCUUCCAGGUGAGCUGGAUUUCGCCCUCUCUCCUCGUCUAUUACUUUUACAUCUGUUCCCAAAAUGAUGAACAAAUAUUACCAAACAAAAAGAAGAAUCAGAGACGUGCAGUGAAGCCUGCAGGACUCGGGUCAUUUGGAAGCAGCCUAAGUAAAUAUCAGUUCAGACGUCGACCAAGGCUGGAGCGCUAUGAAGUUAUUUCACACCAGAAACUUCAGGCUGCAGAUUAAGACAACAAGCUUUUGGAUAUGAUUGAACUAAUGAAGUUUCUUUUCUUAAUCCGUGUGCUCCAGUGCUCCUUGGAAUAUAUUUCUGACAAUUAGUUGCUGUACUCUGAGAGCACAGAGCGCCUGUCAGCUCCCUGUGAAAUGUCUUCCUUCAUUUACCAAGAUAUGUGUUAGUUUCACAGGAAACACAGCUCCAGGACAUUAUAGUCUAAAAAGAGAUCUGAACUUCUGUACUUUUUGGAGCAAAGGUCGCCCACAGCAGAUGUAAUGUCAGGAGGGUUUGGCUUGAUUGUCACCCAGGAGAAAUGUCAGAGUCAAACAUCACAUACGUUUGUUUCCUUUAGGAAGCAACAGUGUCCGCAGCAUAUUUUAAUGACAGCCUGUUAAAGUCUUGUUUUUUUAAAGUCUGAUGGCCAGUCAGUCAUUCCAAAGCUGUGGUUCAGCAAAAACACGGGAGUUGAAAUAGUCCAAUGAUUUAAUGAGCACAAUUCGAAUGUACAGAGGCUUUACCUGAAGUAGAGAUGGGCAACGAUGAAAACAGAUUCAGACAGUCCGCAAAACAACAAGCAAGGUCCGAGUCAAGAGAGAACAUACUGAGAAUAAACAUGAGGAAAGAGAACACACACAGAAAUACACCAGAGUUUGGAGGAUAACGAAGGCCAGAAGAGAAGAUAAUAAAACAUGAAACAACAGAAGAAACAAUGAGAACAUAAGGGGGCAGAGCGGAACAUGACAGAUCCGAGUUACACCACCAGACGUUUCUUUUUUCCAGAAAGAAGUUUGGAUUUUCUGCAGUUUCAUCCCUGGAGUCGGAGUCCUGGUUCAGAGACGCUGUCGCUGCAGAGAAACCAGCUUCAGAAACUGAGAGCCAACACCUUCUAUAAGUACCAGAGCCUACAGAAACUAUAUCUCCAGCACAACAGAAUUCGAGAUGUGAGUCCCGACGCGUUCAGAGGGCUGUAUAAUUUAACAAGGCUAUAUCUGAGCUACAACAAGAUAUCCAUCCUGAUGCCGGGGGUGUUUCGGGACCUGCACAAGCUGGAGUGGCUAAUCCUGGAAAACAACAACAUCCAUCAGAUCUCCUCGAUGACCUUCUCAGGACUGAACUCGCUUGUUCUAUUGGUUUUGCUGAACAACUCUUUGACGAAGCUGGAUGACAUCUGUCGGGAAAUGCCGAGAUUGAACUGGCUGGAUUUGGAGGGAAAUCUCAUUGAAACGAUUGGAAAUCUCUCGUUGCACUCGUGCAGCAUGUUGACAGUUCUGGUUUUACAGCGGAACAGGAUCAGCCAUAUACAUGAGCAGGCCUUCUGGGUGCUGCCGAAGCUGGGAGAAUUGGAUCUAUCCAACAACCGGCUGGUGGAGAUCCCUCCCAAUCUCUUCGUCUUACUGGGGGAUUUGCUCCAACUGAAUAUAUCAUAUAAUCCUAUAAUGGAGCUCCGUGUUGACCACUUUGACAAACUCCAUAAACUCAAGUCAUUGAGCAUAGAGGGAAUAGAAAUUGAAAACAUACAACGGAGGAUGUUCGAACCUCUCAAAUACUUGACUCAUAUCUACUUCAAGAAAUUCCAGUACUGCGGCUACGCUCCUCAUGUGCGCAGCUGCAAGCCCAACACCGAUGGCAUCUCGUCCUUCGAGGACCUUCUGGCCAACAUCGUGCUGAGGGUCUUCGUCUGGGUCGUCUCGGCCACCACCUGCUUCGGCAACAUCUUCGUCAUCUGCAUGCGCUCAUACAUCCGAUCGGAGAACAAACUCCACGCCAUGUGCAUCAUCUCCCUCUGCUGUGCAGACGGGCUGAUGGGAAUCUACCUUUUUAUGAUCGGCGCGUAUGAUCUGAAGUUCCGCGGCGAGUACAACCGGCACGCACAAGCCUGGAUGGACAGCAGUCAGUGUCAGGUCAUCGGUUCCUUGGCCAUGCUGUCCACUGAGGUGUCGGUGCUUCUGCUCACUUACCUCACCCUGGAGAAAUACAUCUGUAUCGUCUAUCCUUUCCGCUACUUGACACCCGGAUGGCGACGAACUGUCAGCAUCCUCCUCGGGAUCUGGGUGUUCGGCUUCAUUGUCGCCUUCCUGCCGCUGGUCUGCAAGGGGCUGUUUCGCAACUUCUAUGGAACCAAUGGAGUUUGCUUCCCGCUGCACUCUGAGCAGCCGGAGACGCUUUGGGCUCAUGUUUACUCCAUCGUCAUUUUUCUGGGUCUGAACCUGGUGGCGUUCCUCAUCAUUGUCUUGUCCUACGCGAGCAUGUUCUACAACAUCCAGAGAACAGGGACUCAGACCACUAAAUACAGCAACCACAUCAAGAAAGAGGUGACCAUCGCCAAAAGGUUCUUCUCUAUCGUCAUCACCGACUCCCUCUGCUGGAUCCCCAUUUUCAUCCUGAAGAUCCUUUCACUGCUGCAGGUGGAGAUUCCCGGCACCAUCAGCUCCUGGGUGGUCAUAUUUAUUCUUCCCAUCAACAGCGCCCUGAACCCCAUCCUCUACACGCUGACCACGCGGCCUUUCAAAGAGACCAUUCUGCAGGUAUGGGCGAACUACAGACAGAAGAGACCUCUGCUCAGCGGACACGCCGCUCAUCAUCCGUCGCUCACCUGGCAGGAAAUGUGGCCGCUGCCAGAGAACAGCCCCGGCCUCACCACGGGGGAUCCGCUGGAGAAGUCAGGCACGCUCACCAAGCUCACCCCCGUGGAAAACGCCAACGAUGGAUACAAUGACAUCACGGCGUGCACGCAGCAGCAACAGAAGCAGCACAUGGUGCUGUCAGUGUGCCCACAGAAGCAAACAGUACCUCACACACUCACACACACACACUUAUUCUCAGAGAAAAAUGAACUGAUCUAGGUCAUCUGGAUCAACACACAUCUGUGUGAGUCACCUCAACAGAUUACAGCGGCUGCAGCCAGUAUCAGCGAGCACGGGGCUGUGGUUGGUAGUGGGACGUGAUCCAUCAUCAUCACAACCAGACUGCCGGUCCAGAACAAAGAACUUCAUUAGCCUGGAUAGAAGCAGGAAGAGCGAUAGCUGUCACUCAAACAUAAAACUUCACUGCUGCACUUUCCCUCUUCUCCGGUCAACCACACACACACACACACACACACACUCUGCCCUCUUCUUAAAGGAGCCACGUUACUCUUGUCAACCCUAUAAAGCCAAGCAUGGAGGACGAAGUAUGAUUCUGAUACAGUCAUACAUCAUUGUUCCAUUUUAGCAACACCUGACGUGUUUUUUAAUUUUGAAGUUGUUCUUGUUGUGAAGUUGUUGACAUCCAGUGACUAAAUGUUCCAUCUCUCCUCCUCCAUCGCAUUCACUGACAACACAACAGUGUCUUGCAAAGCAACUUUCUCGCUCUUUCUGCAGGAUGAUUAUCAAAGUCAGACUCCCUGUAAACAGACACGGUCGCUGCAGAGGCGUCGAGCGCGUCCGGCCUGUUACUGUACAUCUCAUCUCAUUUUCACAUUUUUAUCUACAAACUGGUGACAACCAGGACUCCUGACUGCUGAUGAACCACAGAGGACACCACGUGACAACAACUGUCACAAUUCUUACAUGGACAUAAACAAAACAAAAUUUAAAGUCAUCAAGCUGUUUUUAAGGAAAAGAGAUACUUUUUUACAAGCCCUGUAGAUGUGUAAUAAUGUAAAAAAAAAAAGAUAUACAAAUGUUAUUAAUAUGACAUUUAAGUUAUUUGUUUAAAAAAAUAUUAGAAAUGACUCAGAAAAAUACGAAAUAUGAUAAAAAUGCCACUGAAGGUUGGGCUUUAAAUGUGAUUCAGGUUCAUUCAUCUCAGCAGUGAAGAGAGUUUAACUCCAAAAAACACUUUUUGGGAAAUAUUGAAUGUAAUGUCUGAGAUAUUUCCAGUAUGUUAUACAAAGAAUGUACUCACUCUUGGCAGGUACAAACAGGAAGCUGGGCGAGCGGGUCGCAGCCACACAGGUAGCGAGUUUAAAUAGUUUUUUUAUACACGCUGUCGAGACGUUCCCCAGCGGGUCUGAGGGUUCCAGCCUCGCUUCAACAUCCACUGCAUAUUUUUACACCGAGACCUCAGCCUGUACAGACAUUUUGACAUUUGAGACAUUUGUACAGUGAUCAUAAACUCUUCUGUGCACACGUUGUCCAAUGAAUUAUUAAUUCCUGUGGAAAUGGACUUUCUCAGACAUUGUAAAUGUAUGAAUGUAUAGCAAACACAGAGCUGUGUAAUUUAUUUGAACAAUGAAUUGUGACUUCAUCGUAUGUGUUUAUUUGUGUUUAUGUUUCUAUACUUGCUGAAGAGACGCCAGCAGUUUGCUUGAGAUAUAUUCAUUAUAUCUGCAGGCUAACAAUUGAUAGUGUUCUGGGAUUUGUUUUUUGUUUGUUUUUUUAAAUGUGUUGUCAUUGAAUCUGUUGUAUUGACUUGUGUACAGAGGUUUUUCUUGACUGAAAUGUGGAAAAUAAAUACUGUAUGCCUCUUG